GCGACAUAAUGUGAAGAUGGACGAUAACAGAGAUUUUGGUGACGUUUUUGCGAUUCCAGAUCUAUAUGGACCUUCAAAGCUUCUGGGAGGUGCACCAGAGAACAGUAGCUUUCUGUUCUCACAACUCAAGCUAGAUGACAUUGACGAGAACCUGCCAAAUGUUGUCGAGCAAGAAGGACAGGAUGAUGUGUUCUUCAGCAUACCCGAUUUAUCUUUUGGACUUGGAGACGCCAACACUCCCAGUCAUUCGACCACAUCUGGAAAGGAGACCCCACAAGAGCCUGGAAAUGUGUCGAAUGACGAUGUUGACAUAUGGGCUCUUAUGCAAGAGCCGCAGAUAAAAGUGGCAAAUUACCAAAGCUGGGAUGCAUUUGAGAAACAAAAGACAGAACAAUACAAUACGCCGUAUAUAACAGAAGCUGGGCCAGCAAUUUUCGAUACUGCUUUAGCAGGCAGGGAAGAUUACCUCCGUGUCGCAAAUACAGAAUACCUAGUUGUAGACGCCAAAGUGUACGUCAAGUCUUUGUUGGCGCUAGGACUUGGUCGAAGCUCGGUAUUCUUCAUAUGGGAUGAACAGAAGCAGACGUUUGUCUCUGCUCUACCGAAGAUCAGACUAUCUGGCUAUACUGGAGAAUCCCUCGAUGGACUUCUGGCUACUUUCAUGGAAUGCGGAAACAUUACGAGAUCCCUCCAAAGCUUUGUGGACAAGACAUACACAAUCAAUGCUUCGCCUGGUCGAAUAGCUCUUGCUGAUUCAGUUUCCAGUCUGUUGGCCACGAUUCAAUCUUCUCUAAGCAGGUCCGCUGCUUCACAGAAUAGCAUCCUUCAGCUGCAAGCUUUGUUUCAACCAGCACAUUCUAUUCUGGUCUGUUUUCGACGAAUCAUUAUGAAUGUCUCGGUCACUCGCAACGAUGAAGCCAUGUUAUCUACCAUUUUCGAAGAGAUCCAGCUUCUAGAGCACAGGACCGACUCGUUGAGAGAGAUCCUUCUCGAGAUCCUAACUCGUGUAUCACAACCUUGGCUUGAGUUUGCAAGCGAGUGGCUAGGUCUUCAACGAGAGAUUGGCUUGCCUCUUACCAAAGAAGGCAAAGGCAAGAGCUUUGUGAAAGUAGAAAAUCACCAAUGGAUCGACGAGCAGGGCUUUGAAAUGCAUGAACCUGACUAUAUUCUAGAUUACGACAAGGUUCCUUCUUUCAUUUUACCCGAUGAUGCCAGGACGAUGUUCGAGGUUGGAAGAAGUCUUCGUUUUCUGAGAGAUCACCAUGCAACCCAUCCAUUGGCAAGAGCCGAUGUAGUGGCUUCUGCUCAACCUCCAUCAUUGGAAUGGAAGUUUUCGUGGCAAGAUGUCGCACAGAUCGAGACGAAAGCCCUUCAGUAUGAAAAGAACCUGCUAGAUGCUCUCCAACACUUCUCGAAGGAUGACCCUCGACCAAAAGCCCAACAUCAGAUUCUAGACAUUGAUACCAUCAAACUAGACUUCUUUGGCAAACCAGAAGAAGACAUGCAAGCACAUUUGUUAGCCUCAAUUGAUACUUUCGACCAGCCCUUGAAUGACCACAGACCCGCCGAUCCGCUGUCUGCAGGGCUUAAUCGGUAUCUUUUCCAACAGGAUGGUCCUCAUUCUGAAAGCGCUUCCGUAUUUGCCCCUCCUAUCGCCCUUGUACCGAUACUAUCUUUCAACCCAAUCAUCGUCACACAAGCUCGAAUUGUCAAUGGAACGUGUAUGCGACUGUUCUUUGAUUCUCACAAGCUUCGAGAGCAUCUGGCUGUCCAGCGUAGCUUCCAUUUGCUAGGGAAUGGGGUUUUCUCCAGCAGGCUUUCCCACGCCUUGUUCGAUCCUGAAUUGGAGAGUGCUGAACGCCAUCGAGGAGUCGCACGUUCUGGUGGGAUAAUGGGUCUUCGACUUGGUGGUCGAGAUACAUGGCCACCUGCGAGCUCUGAACUACGACUUUCUUUGAUGGGCGUGCUCACCGAAAGCUAUGAGACGAAGCAGCCACUCAACGAAUCCCAUCGGGGCACUUACCUUGAUGACACGUCGCUCCCAGGCGAUUUGAGCUUCGCGGUCCGCGAUAUGUCAGAAGAAGAGAUAGAAAAAUGUAUGAAUCCAGACUCGAUCGAAGCAUUGGACUUCCUCCGUGUAUCCUACAAACCUCCGGCACCUUUAGACGCCAUUAUCACGCCUAUAAUCUUGUUCAAAUACGACCAACUCUUCAAGUUACUCCUUCGAGUAAUUCGGAUGCUGUACGUCGUCUCUGCCCUCUUCCGAGACGCCACAGACCGCACCUCAUAUUGGCAAGGCAUUGAUCACGUCGCUCAACGUUUCCGCAUUGAAGCCCAUCACUUCAUUUCUAGCGUCUCUGGAUACUUCUUCGACACCGGCAUUGAAGCUACCUGGCGAAUAUUCGAACGCAAGCUAGAUCAAAUCGAAGAACGAAUCAACACAGACGCCGACAAUCUCACCUUAGGACAAAACGAAGGCUUAGACAAACUCCGAGAUUAUCACGAACGAGUACUAGAUAGGAUCAUGUUCGCGCUCCUCCUCAGAAAACGCCAACAGCCCGUCAUGAAAUUAUUAGAAGAGAUCUUUGCCCUGAUCCUGCAAUUCGCAAAGCAUUCUAGGGAACGAGCUUUAGGCUUGAAGCGAAAGGUUGGCGCCGAUGACGAGGUUCGAGAGAUGUAUUUGCGGUUUAGGAAGAAGGUGAGCGUGUUUAUCACGGUUUGUAGGGGCUUAAGUGAGAAGAAAGGAUAUGGGGAGAAGAAGGUGGUAGAUUCCAGGACUUCAGAGGGGGGAUUGUUUGAUGGUGAUGAUCUCGCUGAGGAGAAUACUGUUGUGCAUCUUCUGGCGAGGCUGGAGAUGUCGAAUUACUAUUCGAAGAGUGUAGAUGUAUAGCCAAU